ACUCAGAUACUUUUUCGGCUUCGUUUGGUUCGGACGUGUAGCGGGCGCUCGUUCGUUUCUCUGUGUGUGUGAGGGUUCGUGCGUAUCUGUAUGUGAGCGCAAUGGCAAAGCAAAUGUAAAAAGCUCGCACGUGCGGACGCCUGCGAAAAGAGAGGAAAGAAAUUGAAGUAAAGCAAAGCAAAGCCAAAACAACAAAGCGGGGCGCCGCAUGCAAAAUAAAUAUUUAAUAACGAGAAAUGCAAAAAUAAGCUGCAACAAAGCGGGAGAAAAGCAAAAGGAAAAGCAAAACCAAAAGGUUUAUAAAUAGUGCACAAAAACAAGGCGGCAAACGGAAAUUUCGGCGGCACAAUAAGAAUUUGUCGCCGUCGUCGCCGCCGUCUGGGGUCACGUCACCGCCGCAUCCCCCCGCGUUCGCGCGAGUGUGUGUCUGUCUGCCGACUGUGCCCGUGUGUGUGUCCGUGUGUGCAAAAAUAUAAAAUUUAAUAAUAAUAAUAAUUAAGAAAUUGCGCCGAAAAUUUAAUUUACCGCAAAAUAUCCCAAAAUAAGAGAAAUUACCCAAAGGGGUAGAAAUAUUUGCGCGCCCGCCCCUGCACGAAAAAAGCGGACAUACGUUUUUCCCGCCUUUCGAAAUGCCGUCGGCAAAAUGAUGAAUGCAAAAGAGUUGCAAAUAAGUGAAAUAAAUCCCAAAACCAAUCAACAAAUGUGCCAAAUUGUUAACAAAAAAUAAUUCAAGUUUAAAGAGAGAGUGUGCGCAAAAAUGUGGUCCCACUGAGGCCGCCCAGCCCCACAAUCCCACGUGAAGAGAUCAGAUCAGAUCCGAUCCGAUCCCCCUUAACGAUCCAGAACAUGACCGAAUACGUGACGCCGAAUAUCAGCAGCGUGCUGAAGAAAUACCAGACGAGUGCCACAAAGAGUCUCCAAGGACCCGGCCAUGCCCUUGCCGUGGCAGCAGCAGCUGCGGUAGCAGCAGCAGGGGUCGGCGGCUGUCCUUCCCUGGAGGUGGCCUCCACCAAUGGAGGUGGAAUCCGCAGCGAGAGUCCAACCUGCGGUGGCAAGGUUCAGCAGUCGCCUUCACCCGGAAUUCCAAUCAUCAAAAAGGAGAUACUCAGCUCCCCGGAGCCGCACGAGUUGCAGCACCACCAUCGGGAGGUAGCAUCGCCUCAGAUCUAUGCCACGCCUGCCACUCCGCCGAGAGAGCUCUCGCAACCGAUCCUCUCUGUGGCUGAUGCGGGCUGUGGGGAGCUGUACGAGACCCGGCUGGAGGGCAAGACCAUUGGCUGCUUCUCGGUAGGCGGAGAGAUGCGACUGUGCCUGCCGCAGUUCCUCAACAAUGUCCUGAACGACUUCUCGCUGGAGCAGAUCAAUCGGAUCUUCGAUGAACUGGGGAUCUACUGCUCCCAGUGCACCCCUGAUCAGCUCGUGGAGUUCAAGGCCGCCGCGAUUCUGCCCUCCGAUGUGAAGGCCAGCGGAUUGAUAACGCGCACCGAUGCGGAGCGUCUCUGUGCCGCAUUGCUGCAUCGUUCCGAUCGCAACAGCUACAUCCCCAUCGAGAACCUGCCCAAGGGCGCCCUCAGCUUCCACGUGUACCACAAAUGUUUUGGCAAAUGCGAGGGGAUCUGCACACCGGAGAUGUACUCCUACCAGAAGCCCACGUGCAUCAAGUGCCUCGAGUGCGACGGAUGGUUCUCGCCCCAGAAGUUUGUGGGGCAUGUGCAUCGGAAGUUCGAGAACCAGACCUGCCACUGGGGCUUCGAUUCCCGCAACUGGCACGACUACCUUCACGUGGCGCUCGACGUGGAGAAUCGCGAAAAGUACCAGAUAAUCCUCGAUCAGCUCAAGGAAGUGGAACUCAAGGAAAUGCACAAGGCGCAACUCGAAAUGGAUCACAAGAAACGAAAGGUAUGCAAAAUCUGUCUAUGUCUCUGUGGCGGCAGCAGCACUCGCAUUGAAGGUCACUGCAAAUGGGCAUCACCUGUAGCGGAAAUGCUCAUGGAUGAUGCGUCGCUGUUGGGGCCUCUUGGCCUGGGGGCGCCACAUGGCUUGGUAGGUGCACCGGUGGUUGUGCCUCUAGUGGCCGCCCAUCAUCAGGUGUCCCUCAAGGGGCAUCCACAGUUGGACAUUCCAGGAAAGAAGCUACUGAAGGUUGCUGGAGCGCCCGCCUUGGAUGCGUACCAUUACCAGAUCAUGUACGCCCACUGCGUGCAACAGCAGCAGCAGCGGGAGCGAGAGCAACAGCACCACCAGCAACAGCAGCAGCAGCAUCCACACCAGAGGGGAGUAUUGGUGGGGCAGCCGCAGCCACCGCCACCGCACCCACAUCCGCAUCAGCCGCCACAUCCCCACCAGCCGAUGAACUCGACGUCGGCAUUUCGGCCAUGGGGACCCACCACCCAGAAGGCCUUCCUGCACGCCUACAAUGCGACCCUCUCCUCCCUGCCGUACACCUGCCAGGAGCCGCCGGAGCUGCAGAAUCCCGAGCGCGUUGUCCGGAGCACGGACAAGCGGUACGCGGAGCGAACAUACCAGCCGAAUGUGGCGCUGGCGCCGCGCAAGACCAUACUCUCCAAGGAGCGGGACAAGGACAGAGACAGGGAGAGGGAGCGCGAGAGAUUGGAUCGUGAAAUGGAGCGCCAGAGGGUGCGGGAGAAGGAGCUGCAUCUGCACAUCAAGCAGGAGAGAGACGACAACACACCCACGCCCACGCCCACGACACCGCCAGCAGGAGAAACUGUGGAUGUGGUGGAGCCACCACUUGCCUCCUCCAGUGGCAGCAACUCCCCCAAGCCCCCGCCAGCACUAGCAGCAGUACCCGCACCACAUCCAACCCCAGCCACCAGACAUGUGCCCUUGCCACGCAGUCCGGAGGAGUUUUCCGCCGGCAGCAAUGAGAUUACCUCCUCCACAUCGCCCGUGCCACUGAAGCAGCCACAGCAGCAGCAGCAGCAGCAGCAUCCACACCCACAUCCCCAGCAGCAACAGAAUCCGCACCAACAGCAGCAGCAGCAUCAGCAGCAGCAGCACAUCAUUGCCACCGUCAAUCAGCAUGCGAAACUGUUGCCCAGCUCUAGUUCCAUUUCCAUAUUGAAUGGAACCUCAUCCACCAACGGAAGCAACGGAAGCCACAACGAACCAAGUCGAAUCAGGAUCAACAAGAACCUGAUGAGCCAGCCAGCGGACCCGCCACCACCUCUACCACAUCACAAUCUUCAUCACAGCCACCACUAUCCUGCCCUGGGACCACACCACAUGGCUGGGGCGCAGUCCUACUACAAAGCUGGCGCUGUAAUCGGUGGCUCCUCCCCCACACAGUCUUCCAGUGCGGGCCUGAACCUGAGUACCCACUCCUCGAAUGUGGUAAGCUCUCCGCACCAGCAGGCCACCAAGCAGCAGCAACAGCAGCAGGCGUUGCACCAUUCGUUGCAGCAGCAGCAACAGGCAGGAGGAGUCCAUCUGCAGAAUGGGAAGCCCCAUUUGGGCAGCGAAUUCGAGCUCUCGACGGACACGGACGAUGACAGUCUCAAUGGCGAGCCUGAUAGCAGUGCCAUGCUGCCGCCCUGGGAGCAGGCCGUCGAGUACCUGCGAGAGACACGUCCCAGGGAUCGGGAGAGGGUGCUGCAGUUGCUCCAGAAGCUACUGCACGAAAACCAACAGCUCCGCUACAACAAUAUGCAGCUGAGCGAUCUGUUGCACAAGCAGGAUGCCCACAUAGCCGAUCUGACGGAGCAGUUGCAGCGGCAUCGCAGUCAGCUCGAGGAUAUGGACUGCAAGGUGGAGCUGAGGCGAGUGGUGCCAUUCAAGCAGCAGACCCAGCUGCUGGACGAGCAGGUGGACGAAGGCAGAGGCGAUGGCGAAGGCGACGGCGAGGACGACGAGGAUCUAGAGGAGGAUCGGGCCAACAACAAUAACCAACAAGAACAGCAGCAGCAGCUGAUGAAACCGCAAGCUAAUGGCCUCCGAAGGAGUCCCACGCCCCUGAAUUGCUGCGGAGCAGAGCCCGAAGAGGAGGCGGAGGCCGAUUCGGAGGAACCUGCCACCAAAAGAGCAAAAAUGCAACCAGAAGAAGUGCCAGCCCAGUUGAAUGGAGAGACCAACAAGAUGAAUGGCACUGCCAAGAGCCCUGCUCCCAGUCAAUCCGCUUCCAGCGACGACGAGGAUAUGGAGGACGAGGAUGACGAUGAAGAUCCCGAGGAGGAUUUGCAGGCGCCGCAUAGCAGUGGCACGCCGCCCACAGCCGCCACCACGCCACAAACGCAGGAGAGGCAUAUAAACUGCGGCAUAGAGUCUCCGCGCACCACAGAAUGCUUAGCCACCACGCCCAAUAGCCCUGAUUCAGCGGCAACUGCGGGACAGUUGUUCGAUAGCAGCAACAGCAGCGACGAGUCCUCGAUGAAGAAGGCCCAAAUGUCGGCCUGCCAUGCCUUGGCCAAGAUGAAUAACAACCACAAGGAUGAGACCGUAGAGGAUCGGCCACAGGAUGAUGAGGACUCCUCGGACGAUGAAAUGCCAUUGCAACAGCGCCAGCAGCAGCAACAAAGACAACGCAAGCGAUGCUUCAGCAAAGGAACGGGAUCUGGAUCGACCUCUGCCUCAGAGGAAGAUGAGUCAGCGCCUGAAACCACCACCAUCCUCCUCCCAGCGACAGCACCUGCCUCAGCACCUGCCCCAGUUCAUCCACAUCCACCGCCGAUGGCCACCAAGGCGAGCAAGAAGCAGACGCCUCCAUCCCUGGGAGCACUACCCAUCAUCACAGCUCUUGUUGGAAGCACCGCCGCCACCACAAAGAACUGCGAGAUACAAAUCAAAAAGGAAAUAGCCUAGGGAACCCCAUCCUUCCAUCCUCAGAGCCCCUCCACUCCCCUCCACUCUCAAAGGAUAUAGCUCUUUCACAACACACACACACACACACACACACAGUAAAAUCUAUCUUUAAGAUUCCCCGCCCUUUUUUUGAGGCAUAAGUUCUGCUAUGGGAAAAACGAGUCCACAACCAAAUUCAAGCUCAAAGCCAAGACGCACAUUACCACCCCACUUGGUGGUAUCUACAGAUGACAUUUUGGAAAGCAGGGAAAACAUUUUGGAAACUCCAACUCACUUUUCAUUUGUUUCCUUUAAGUUUUGUUUAGACUAUAGAGUUUUUAGCGUACGAUCUUUGGAUCUGUGUGGAGUGGACUUUAUAGUAUAAAGAGGACCUUAAGCUGCUGUUGAACGAUACGCUUUUUUGAAAAAUAUCUGGAUAGAAAUACGCUGAUUCGCUGUACAAAUGUUCCAUAAAUUCACACAAAAGAAGGACAUUCGCCACCCCCUCCAAGUGAAUUAUAGAAUAGAGAUGACAAAUAUGAAGUAUUAUGAUAGGGAAGUAUCAAUCAUUCACUGUAAGAAUUCGUAAGAAUAUUGUAUUGCUUUGACAUAUGCAUGACAAAAUGUAACCACAGGAAAUUGCUUCAGUAGGAAGCGUAUCGUCUAACAGCAGUUCCAACAACCAAAACACUUUUUCGAUUCUAAAUGUUCAAUAAUUUUGUACGCUUUUACAUAGCUUGAUUUGAUCUCAAAAAAAAAAAAAAAUUCAUUAGGCUUCCCUCUAAAGGUAUUUCGGUAUUCUCUUGACUUUGCUUGCAGAAAUUAUGAUUGAAACCAAAGCUUUAAAAACAAAAAUAAUUUUGUGUAUAUUGUUCAACAAAACGUAAAAAAAAAGUGGAGAAAAAACAAAACCAACAAGAAAUUGAGACCAAUUUAUGCGUGUGUUUUUUACCAUAUAUACUUUUACUUUUUAAACUUAAUUUAGUUUUUAAUUUGUAUAAUUUCUUAAGCUCUGCAAGACAUUUAAAACAAGAAAAAGAACACAAAAAGAUAUGAUAUUCAAAGCGAGGCUUCGAAGACAAAAUUUAGGAAAAACAAAAACUUUUCAGACAACAAAACAAACAAAAAACAGACAGACAGAAGGCAGCUGGUUCUUAUAAGUGGAAUGAUAUACCAUACUCUGGACACCAUUUUUAAUUAAAUUUAGUUUAAUCCUAACUUUAAGUUUAACAGACAGCGACAAAGAGAUAGAGAGAUAUGGAGAGAAGAAUUACACAAAAAAUGAACCCACCACAAAAGAAAAAAGUAAAAGAAAUGCUAAAUAAUUCUUAUAUAAUUCUUAACAAAACAAAUACAAAAAAAAUCAUAUUUUAUAAAUACGAAACUAUGAAGUUAUGCCGCGUUAAACUUUAUACCAUACAAAAUAUGAAUAAUUAUCUACUUAUGAUAUCUGAUAAUGAUAGAUCGGAUCAGAUGAGAGACGAGAAGUGCAGGAUUAUUCGAUUCAAUGGAAUAUACAAAACCACAUACGCAUACACAUAAAGAUUAAUAUUUAUUGUAGCUUCUAGUUCUAAAUCGAAAAGUACGAGUACGAGUAGAUCUUUAAACUACAUAUAUAGUCUCUUGUUCUGUUCAUCUCCGAUUGUAAGCUGUAGCUUUGCUCUAUAGGCAUUUAGUUUCCUAGAUCGUAAUACCAUUUGCUAACUAGAUUUUAAGGCCCUUUCUACACUUCUAUUUCUAUUCGACUCCUUUUUUUUUUUUGUAUAUAUGAUUUUCUUUCGAUGAAUGGAUGAUAUGAUGAUGGAUUUUAGUUGCCAACACAAACACUUUGUGAGAAACACAUACUAUAGAUAUGAUGUACUAUAGAGAUAUUCUUCUGGAUGAUGAUAACCAACUGGAAAACAAACGAAACAAAACCCCAAAACCCGAACCCAAGCCAAGAGCCAAGCGAAAAAAGCGCAGAGAUUUCAAAAAUCUAUAAACUUUUGUUAUAAAAAACUAAAAAAAAACAUAUUUCAUAAAUUAUUAAUGCCUGUGUGUGUUUGAACUUUCUAAAAGAAAACAUUUCGUUCUAUUUCUAAAUUUAAAAAACAUAAAACAUUACAAAGAAAGCAACAACAAAUAUUUAACAAAACAAAUGAAAACCAAAAUUUGUAUAGAAUUUAAGCUAAAAAAUUGUGUAAAAUUGUAUAAAUUUAAACAAGAACAAAAAACGAAACAUUUAACGCAUAAAACUUACAUUUAUAAAUAACGAUUUAAAUUGUGAGGAAUUAAGCAACAAAAACGAAAAACAAAAAC